AUGGAAUUACCCCCCUUCAUUUUGUAUAAUAGGGCGAAUAAAUCCGAUCCUAUUUCUGACGAAAUAUUUCAACUUAUUCGAUUAUGGGUAAAAAGCAAGAACUCUGAUGGGGAUCAACAAGCAACCCUCAAACUCAUUGAGCAUAUUCGGAAAGGAAAUGCAGAAGUAGUAUUGGAAAUAAUGAAGGAAAACUUCAAGCACGCUUCUCCACCAAUCCAGUUUCGAAUAUUGUCCUUGAUGGAUACGUGCGUUCAGAACAGUGGCCCCUAUUUUACCGUACUUCUUGCUUCGGAAAAGUGGACAGAACGGUUCUUUAGAGUAGCCAAAACCACACAAGUCCCACAAGUGCGUGAUAAAAUUAUUAUGAUCACUAUGAUGUGGUACAGACGGCAUCACACGAAAGGUCAUGAGCGACUUCUACAUCGCUUCGCAAAUAGCAAGGUGCUCGGAGCCCCGUAUCGUGAUAUUGAAAAGGACAUUGGGGAUAAGACCAUGUCUACUCAUAAUCCAAAGCCGCCACAAAAUGAGACUAUGCAAAAUUUUGACAAUGUUAGUGUUAACCCCAACUACAUUGUAAACAAUGAGGAAGCUAUGAUUUUGGCGUUUCAGGGUGAUCUGGCAUCGUUAGAGUAUGGUCUUGAGCACCCUCAGAUUCUGGAGAACAGUGACAUUGCGCAAACAUGCCGAAAAAAUAAACACCAGUGCAUGCAAAUGCUUGAAUCCGGUAUCCACGAGCGUAUCGCAGAAGAACUUAUGUCACUGAUAGAAGGAUUUUCUGUAAUGUUGGAGCUUUAUGAGGCUAUGACUGGUGUGGAUCUUGGUGAGGGUGAGGCUGCAAGGCAGCGUGCCGUUGAGGACCUUGGAGAGCCUGAUAGCGAUGAUGAUGAUCACCAACGUCGUAUUCGUCAGAAAGUUACUGCAAAAAAUGUGACUUCUGCUCAAGUUAUGGUAAAUGCCCAUCAGGAGCUGCAACAAAUUCUUGAGCGCGAGCGUGCUGAAACACAAGAACUUCGACGGCAACACGAAGACUUACGUCGUGAUUACGGGCAGCUGCAAAACAAGUACAGAGAUGCGAAGGCCAAAAACAGAGAAAGUGUUGCCUUUUUGAACGAGUAUGCGGAACGCAUAGACAACCUUGAGAAGGGGGUCGGAGGUGCCAGUGCUAUAGCGUCUUUGCCAGCGGCUUCAUCUGCACCUGUGGGCCCACAAAUUUCUAAGGCACAGGUCUCUUUUAUGCAUAAUUCCACAAUAUCCAUCCGUCAGGACUUGUGCAAGUUAAGGGAACAAUGCAGGAUUGAUAUAACGAGGGAGUGUCAGCUUUAUUCAAGUCAAUUGCUUAGUGUCCUGGCUUCAAUUAUGCAAGCAUCGGAAAAAGACCAUUCGUCGAACCAGAAGGCAUUAGAAUGGACACAGGAAUUGUACAAGAAGGAGAUGAAGCUUCGUAAGCAAUACUAUAAUACUAUUCAGGAAUUAAAGGGUAGCAUUCGUGUUUACUGUCGUGUGCGUCCAAUGUUGCCUAAGGAAAUACAAUGUGGCUAUACCAAUAUCAUGAGCUACCCUACCACAGGCGAGUUAGGGUUUAUCGAUCCUUCUGGUCGUCCGAAACUUUUCGAAUUUGACGAGGUAUACCCAUCAGAAGCAUCCCAGUCCAAAGUAUUUGAGGAUACAUCACCACUUAUCGAUUGUGUUGUGGAUGGCUACAAUGUGUGCAUCUUUGCAUAUGGGCAGACAGGUAGUGGGAAGACGUAUACAAUGGGGGGGGACAAUGGUGAUGCGAAGGGCAUUAACACGCGCGCACUUGAGCGACUUUUUACGAUCAUUGAUGAGAGAAAAGAGACUGAAGUCUCGUCUGUGCAUGUUUCUGUGCUAGAAAUUUACUGUGAACAAAUUCGUGAUCUGCUUGUAAACCGAAGUGAGGCAGCUGGAGUUACCUACGAAGUCAAACAAGGCGGUUCUUAUGGUACCUAUGUGACUAAUUUGAAGGAGGUAACUGUGAGCUCUGUGAGUGAAAUCGACAUCACCAUGCAAAAAGCAUCCAGAAACCGUAGCGAGGGAGCAACGAACAUGAACGAAUAUUCAUCACGGUCACACAUGAUCUUGUAUGUAAUUGUACAGACUACUAAUAGGCAGACCAAUAUGCAUAGCUACGGUAAACUUUCUCUCGUUGAUCUUGCUGGUAGUGAACGUCUGGAGAAAAGCGGUGCGGAGGGUCAGCAGAUGAGAGAGUCUGUGUCCAUCAAUAAGUCCUUGUCUUCAUUGGGUGACGUGAUUUCCGGUUUGGCCAACAAUAACAAGCACAUUCCUUUCCGUAACUCAACCCUUACUUAUUUACUCCAGGACUCGAUGUCUGGACAGGCCAAAGUAUUGAUGUUUGUAUGUGUUAGUCCAGCGAGCUACAAUGCUAAUGAGUCUGGUAGUUCGCUUAUGUUUGCCUCUCGUGCUCGUGGUGUGGAGUUUGGCCAGAUUAAGAAGAACACAGUUGUGGAAAAAAAAAUGUAA